UUUAAUAAAAAAAUUAUCAUGAGUUGGGUGUUUGGUAAACAUCAGGAAUCUUGUUUUUUUUUAAUAAAAAUUGCUGUCAAUGACUGCUGUUUUUUCAAAGCUCUCUCUACCAGGCUUUCGAAAGCUACUUAAAAAAAAAUUUAAUUGGUGGUUUUAAUGAAUUUUUAACUUUCCCAUAAUGCCCUCAUUUAUUUUUCAUAUGGACAGUCCUUAUCCUUCCAAUUACACAACUCCCAUAUGCAAAAUCCUCCAUUCUCCUCUAUUUGUCGUUGCAACAAACCCCACCCAAGAGCCACGCCAACCACAACCACAACCACAACCCUCCGACCCUCCGACCAUGGGUUGUAGACGACGAUGGCAGACAAGCACCGAUGGCAGACGACGAUGACAGCUGUGCGACAAGGAGAUGAACUCUUGCUGAUGACAACUGUGCAGGGCGACUUCUCUGGGCAGAGGGAGAAAAGGAGGAGAUGGAGAAGGAGGAGAAGAGGAAAUUUUGGAAAAAAAAAUGCAGAGAAAGAAAAAGAAGAAGCCCCAUCAAAUCAAAGAAGAAUUCAUACUCAAUUCAAGAGGGGUCUCCUUGUUGAGAGCUUUUGCAACGUCCAUGGAGCAACAGGAGCUGAAUUACAUCCUGGGGGUGAUUGGUGUGGUAUUGGAGCUGAAGCGGGCAAAAUCUCAUAAACCGGUUCAAUUUCCUCAUCUUGAUUUUGACAGCGUGGAGACAACUGAAAGUUUUCCUCUGGCAACUGGUCGUUUUGAAGCAGGUUCUCUGUAGUUGAAGAAUUAAGGGGGGCCAGUGGUCAUCUUGAUGCAGAGUGAUGUCAUGGGGAAAAAAAUCGAGAAUUAUAGCAGUUGUGGAUUCUCGAUUCUCUUCCUGGGCUGUUGAAAAAUAUAAGUCAUGUUCCCAAAACACAACAUCUAUGAAGGUAAAGAUCUUCUGACAAGGAGGAUGAUAACACCGGUAUCCUUUUUGAUGAGGUGCAUAACUAAUGAAAACACACUUUUCGACUCGGGGAUCCAAUUUGCUUCGUUGGUAAUCAUAUAAGUGGACAAAUAAAACACAGCCGAAAAUCCGGGGUUCUAGGUUUGGGGUGGAAGGUGUUUGGAUAUGAUGGUGAAGUGUUUGAAGUGGUGUUUGGAAAUUUAGAAUACUAGAGGGAAUUCAAUUGAUAAGAUAUGCCGCAGAGAUGACGGCUUCGCCCCAAAAGGAUCGUGGCAUAUUAGCACCAAAUAGAGAGGCACGAACGACUUCCAAUAAGUGUAUGUUUUUUCUUUCAGCCACCCUAUUCUGUUGGGGAGUUGAAAGACAUGAGCAUUGAUGUAUGAUGCCAUGAUCUUGUAAGAACUGGUUAAGAUCAUGGUGGAGAAAUUCUCGGCCAUUGUCAAAAUGAAGAACCUGAAUUCUGACAUGAAACUGAGUCUCCGCCAUUUGAUAAAACUGUUGAAACCUGGAA